AUGCACGGCCUUGUUGCAGCUCAUACUUUGGUGUAUGCCUCGGCUGUUUCGGUGUGGGAAAUCUAUGGCAGCCUUCAGGUUCUCACGAUUAUAAAUACAUAUUUGCCAGAUGUGGUUGGAAGAGCAAAAGUCCUUAAAGGUGAUGGACAUGUUGGCACAAUUCUGAACAUUACAUAUCCACCAGGAACUCCUGGAGUUGGUUAUAUGCAUGAAGAAAUUAUAGAGGUUAAUAAUAAAACACGCGUGAAAGAAACGAAAACCAUUAAAGGAGGAUUUAUAGCAUUGGGCUUCAAGCGUUAUGUACUUUAUUGGUUUAUGACCAGAUCUCAAAACCCAGAAUUAUUGGAUUUUGACCCAGAAAUUGAGAGAACCUUUAGAAGACGUAAAAGAGAGAGACGAGUAAGACAAAAAGUUGCCAUGGAAGAGAACAUCGACAAUCAUGUAGUGAGGCCCGCUGUGGGUGCUAACAAUUUUGAGAUUAAACCUUCUAUUGUUCAGAUGGUGCAACAAAACCAAUUUGGAGGGUUAGAAAAUGAAGAUCCACAUGUCCACUUGUCACGUUUCUCUCAGAUAUGUGACACCUUCAAAAUGAAUGGGGUUUCUGAAGAUGCAAUCAAAUUGAGGCUAUUUCCAUUUUCUUUGAAGGAUAGGGCAACAUCUUGGUUGGAUUCUAGGGCACCUGGUGCAUUCACUACUUGGCAAGCACUUUCUGAAGCUUUCCUUGCAAAAUAUUUUCCUCCUGGUAAAACGGUUAAAUUGAGAAAUGAGAUUGCCACUUUUUGCCAAAGGGAUGAUGAGUCUUUAUAUGAAGCUUGGGAAAGGUUCAAAGAUCUACAGAGACAAUGUCCCCAUCAUGGUUUGCCUGACUGGCUAGUUGUUCAAACUUUCUAUAAUGGUCUUUCUCACUCGUUGAAAAGUAUUUUGGAUGCAGCUGCUAAUGGGUCAUUAAUGGGUAAAACAUCUGACAUGGCUUUGCACUUGAUUGAAGAAAUGGCUUCCAACAGUUGUCGAUGGCCUAAUGAUAGAGCUAGUCAAAGAAGACAUUUGGGAGUACAUGAAGUGGAUGGAAUUACUAUGGUGAAUGCUAAGUUGGAUGCAUUAACAAAGAAAUUGGAGAGAUUAGAUAUGAAGGUUGUAAGAACUUCUAGUUGUGAGAAUUGUGGAGGAGAUCAUGCGAGCUUUGAAUGCCAAAUGGGUACCCACUAUGCACAUGAGCCUACAAAUGAGCAAGUGAAUUUUCUCAAUUACAACCAAAGGGGACAGGGUAAUCCUUACUCAAAUACAUAUAACCCAGGUUGGAGGAACCACCCAAACUGUGCAUGGUCAAACCAAGCCAAUACUUCUAACCCAAACCAGAAUUUUAAGCAGCCACCUCUAGGAUUCCAAGCUAGAAACACUAACCCCCAACCUUUACACCAUCCUCAGCCUCCUCAAGAGCAAAAAUCAAAUCUGGAAUUGAUGAUGGAGAAUUUCAUUCUUGCCCAAAAACAAAAAGGCGAUGCUCAAGAUGAAGCGAUUAGACAACUUACUGCUAAGGUGGAUCAAUUGGCCACACAUAAUAAGAUGCUUGAAGUACAAUUGGGCCAACAAGCAAGUACUUCCAAUUCUAGGGAAAUGGGAAAGCUACCUAGCCAACCUCAAAAUCCAAGGGAGCAUUGUAAGGCAAUUGUCACCAGGAGUGGUAAAGAAUUAGCUGAACCUAUAGGCAAGGUUGAAAAUGAGCUUGAUGAGCAAAAGGAUGUUGAAAAGUCUAGUGAAGAAGAUACAUUGAAGAAAAAGGUUGAGGUAAAUAUCCAAGAAGCCCCUGAAAAGCAAGUUCCACCCAAAACAUAUUCAACACCUUUGCCUUUCCCUCAAAGGUUCCAAAAGGCAAAGCUUGAUCAACAGUUUGGAAAGUUUUUGGAUGUUUUCAAGCAAAUACAUCUCAAUGUUCCUUUUAUGGAGGCUAUAACUCAAAUGCCAGCGUAUGCCAAGUUUCUCAAAGAUAUCCUCUCAAAUAAAAGGAAACUUGAAGAAUUUGAAACGGUGGCUCUCUCAGAGGAAUGCAGUGCUAUUUUACAAAAUAAGCUGCCACCAAAGCUUAAGGAUCCAGGGAGUUUUUCUAUCCCCUGUGUAGUUGGUAAAGAAUCUUUCGAAAAAGCUUUAUGUGAUCUUGGUGUAAGUAUAAGUCUAAUGCCUUUAUCUAUUUGUAGGAGAUUGGAGCUUGGAGAAUUAAAACCUACAACAGUGACCCUGCAAUUGGCGGAUAGAUCCAUAAAACCAUUCUUAGCCACAGCAGGAGCAAUCAUUGACGUUAAAAAUGGAAAACUCACUUUUGAGAUUGGAGAUGAAAAAGUAGAGUUUAAUGUUUUUCAAAUGUCAAAGCAACCUAAUAUUGUGAAUUCUUGUAAUAGGGUUGACAUUAUUGAUGAUUGCGUGAAAGAAGUCUUUAUCAAGAAAUACCCUGAGGAUCCACUCGAGUCAUGCAUUAUUCACGGAGCUUCAGUCAAAGAUGAAAAUAUGGAAAUUGCAGCUUAUGCUCAGCUUAUGGAAGCAAAUCCUAAGGUUGCUCCCAUUCUGAAUUUCAAGUAUGAAGAACUCGAGACAGGUAACCAUUCUCUUCUUUCUCUUAAAGCAGAAGAUGCACCUAAGGUAGAUCUUAAACCACUUCCUGCUAAUUUGAGGUAUGCUUUUCUUGGCCCUAAUUAUACUUAUCCUGUGAUUAUAAAUGCUGAAUUAAAUGAUGAACAAGAAGAUAAGUUGCUUAGGGAACUUAGAGCAUAUAGAAGAAUCAUUGGCUAUAACAUUCAUGAUAUCAAGGGAAUAAGCCCUACCAUUUGCAUGCAUCGUAUCCAUAUGCUUGAUGAUUUCAAACCUACCAUUGAACAUCAAAGAAAAUUGAAUCCUAUCAUGAAAGAGGUAGUGAGAAAUGAAGUCAUUAAAUUGUUGGAUGCAGGGAUUAUCUAUCCCAUUUCUGAUAGCUCAUGGGUAAGUCCAGUACAUGUGGUACCAAAGAAAGGGGGUAUGACUGUUGUCAAGAAUGAGAAUAGUGAUUUAAUACCAACUAGGACAGUCACAGGGUGGAGGAUGUGUAUUGAUUAUAGAAAGCUUAAUAGUGCCACCCGUAAGGAUCACUUUCCCCUUCCUUUUAUUGAUCAAGUUUUGGAGAGACUAGCAAACUAUUCUUAUUUUUGCUACCUAGAUGGGUAUUCGGGAUUCUUUCAAAUCCCCAUUCACCCAGAAGACCAGGAAAAGACCACCUUCACAUGCCCUUAUGGCACAUUUGCCUAUAGGCAUAUGCCUUUUGGUCUUUGCAAUGCACCAGCUACCUUUCAAAGAUGUAUGAUGUCUAUAUUUUCUGAUUUUGUUGAGCGAAUUAUGGAAGUGUUUAUGGAUGAUUUUUCUGUGUAUGGAACAUCCUUUGAUGAUUGUUUGCUUAACUUAUCUAAGGUUUUGCAGAGGUGCGAAGAAGUAGAUAAAGCAAAAGUUGAAGUAAUUGAGAAGAUGCCCCCACCAACAUCAGUAAAAGGAGUUCGAAGUUUUCUUGGCCAUGCUGGGUUUUAUAGGCGUUUCAUUCAAGAUUUUUCUAAAAUUGCUAAACCUUUGUCAAAUUUACUUGCUAAAGAUAUUCCUUUUAACUUUGACCAACAUUGUCUUGAUUCUUUUUGCAGGUUAAAGGAAGCAUUGAUUUCAGCUCCCAUUAUGCAACCACCAGACUGGAGUUUACCUUUUGAAGUAAUGUGUGAUGCUAGUGAUUUCGCUGUAGGGGCAGUUUUGGGGCAAAAGAAAGAAAAAAAGGUUUAUGCAAUUUACUAUGCCAGUCACACUUUGAAUGAAGCACAAGUCAAUUAUGCCACCACUGAGAAAGAACUUCUUGCAGUUGUGUUUGCUUUUGAUAAGUUCAGGUCUUAUUUAGUGGGGUCUAAGGUCAUAGUCUACACAGAUCAUUCAGCCAUUAAAUAUCUCCUAAAUAAGAAAGAUGCAAAACCGAGGUUGAUUAGGUGGGUAUUGCUUCUUCAAGAGUUUGACUUAGAGAUAAAAGAUAAAAAAGGGACAGAAAAUGUUGUUGCUGAUCAUUUAUCCCGUUUGGAGCAAGAUAAGUGUGGAGGUUUUGACAAAAGUCUACCUAUUGAUGAUUUUUUUCCAAAUGAACAACUUUUAGAGAUAUCUCAUUGGGUAGUACCAUGGUAUGCAAAUUAUGUGAAUUAUCUUGUGUGUGGUGUAUUACCUCCAGAGAUGAAUCAUCAACAAAAGAAAAAGUUCUUGUGGGAGGUGAAAAACUACUAUUAGGAAGAGCCACUGCUUUACAAAAGAUGUUUUGAUGGGAUUGUGCGACGAUGCUUACCACAAGAUGAGAUAUGUGAUAGGUGCCAAAGAACUGGAAACAUUUCAAGGAGGAAUGAAAUGCCUUUGAACAGUAUACUUGAGAUUGAAAUUUUUGAUGUGUGGGGCAUUGACUUCAUGGGGCCAUUUCCUACGUCUUAUGGGAAUAAAUAUAUCUUAGUUGCUGUAGAUUAUGUUUCUAAAUGGGUUGAGGCAUUAGCAAGUCCAUCCAAUGAUGCUAGGCUUGUGGUGAGGUUCUUAAAGAAAUAUAUCUUCGCAAGAUUUGGGACUCCAAGAGCUAUUAUUAGUGAUGGUGGUUCUCACUUUUGUAAUCACCUAUUUGGGAAAUUAUUAAAGAAAUACGGAGUUACCCAUAAGGUUGCAACUCCAUACCACCCUCAAACUAGCGGGCAAGUUGAGAUUUCUAAUAAGGCAAUCAAGAGCAUACUUGAGAAAACCGUAAGUGCUUCAAGGAAAGAUUGGAGUUUGAGAUUGGAUGAUGCACUUUGGGCAUACCGCACAGCUUUUAAAACUCCCAUUGGUACAUCCCCUUUUCGCCUUAUCUAUGGUAAGUCUUGUCAUCUUCCAGUGGAGCUAGAACAUCGAGCUUAUUGGGCUAUUAAGUUUCUGAACUUUGAUUUAAAGAAAGCCGGUGAAAAACGUCUCCUCCAACUAGAUGAGUUAGAAGAGUUUAGAUUGGAUACCUAUGAGAAUGCCAAAAUAUACAAGGAAAGAACCAAAAGGUGGCAUGAUAAGCAUAUUCUAAAGAAAGACUUCAAAGAAGGUGAUCAAGUGUUGCUUUUCAACUCAAGACUGAAGCUUUUCCCAGGAAAACUUAAGUCAAGGUGGUCCGGUCCUUUUAAAAUCUUAAAGGUAUUUCCUCAUGGAGCCGUUGAGGUGUGGAGUGAAAAUUCUGGAACAUUUAAGGUCAAUGGGCAGAGGCUGAAGCCAUAUUUUGUUGGUGACCAAGUGAAAGUGGAGGCGUCUCAACCCUUGUCCAAUCCCCCAACUUAA